GACGCCUGCCGUCGUCGUUGCUCUACUGCUGACAAGCCUCCUCCCCUUCCUCCUUCCUCACAGUAUUGUUGAUAGCAAUUACAGCUCGCACUUUCCUUCUUCUCUACACCAACCGACCGACCACAGCUAGUUAUUUUUGGGGUCAACUGCAUUUCAAUGAAAUCUCAAAAUGAUGGUCUGCCACUCUAUGAUGAACUUUGCGACAAUAACAACAGUUCCAGAUACUUUGUGGAUGAUUUUGGAUUAAUAAUUACUAACAGCUUUAUGACAUCCCCCAACUAAAUAAUUGAUUACUAGAAUUCCUUGUCAAAAAGGACACUUAGCAAAUUUGAAUCAUGGCUUUGUAUGGAAAUUACCAUUUUACAGUAUGUCUACAAAAGCCACCAGAAAGAAGGACUCAGAAGGAUCUGGAUAUCAUUUACUCUUACCUCCAUGGAAUGGAAGCAUUAUCCUUAUCAAGAGAAUCGGCAUUGAAAGCUCUCUGCCGUACUGUCCGCUAUGAAUACCACGAUGCUAAUGAAAUCUUGUAUUGUCAGGGGGAAUUAAGCACCUGUUGGUACAUCUUGUUAUCUGGAUCAGUUUUUAUUGAAGGUUCAAUGUUUCUUCCAAGAAGCAGUUUUGGCAAACGUCCUCCAGGAUGUACACGGCGGACCAGCGAGUGCCUUACUUUGGAGCCAUCGGAAAUGAUUGUGAUUGGUUAUCCUGAUGUUCACCUUCUGAAAGGUGGAUCCCAACAACAGCAACAACAACAACAACAACAGCAACAACCACUACAGCAGCAACAACAACAACAACAUCAUCAACAGCAGCAGCAGCAGCAGCACCAACAACAUCAUCCCCACCACCAACAACAACAACGGCACGGUGGAGGUGCCAUUAUGAAUGUACCUCCAGAGCAUUCUGUGGCUGGAGUUGACCCCAAUAUGAAGUUUAAUCGAAUGCAUUCCGACUCUAGCACUGACCAAAUGGCUCCAGAAUAUUCCAACCAUAUCACUCGGCUGCCUGACCACUGUUUGAGAGAAAAUUGGUUGAAGCGGAAUUCUCGGGCAAGUGACACGUCAAGUGCAUACUCUGGGUCAGAUGUAAUGCAAUCCUCUAUAGACGGGCAGGAAAAUGUUGACCUCGAGUACAGCGGCCUGACAGAAAGCAUGGUAGAUUCUGAUGAAGAAGAAGGUUAUGGAGAAUCUUCAGAGCGAUUUGAUCUUUUCCAGGAGCUCUAUACAGCACGAGAUAUUGUAUACGAGAGUCUGAAGAAAGAUCCAGACAAGAGGACUGAAGAUGAUAUUGAAACACUUUUGGAUUUUAUGAGACACUUUUCUGCUUUUGCAAACAUGACACUGGCCACACGGCGGGCUCUGUGUGCAGUCAUGGUUUAUGCACAAGUAAAGGAGGCUGGCACUCAAGUAAUGAAAGAUGGAGAAAUGCUCGACUCUUGGUCUGUGAUUCUCAAUGGAGAAGUAGAAAUUACAUACUUAGAGGGGAACAAAAAGAUUUUAGCAAUGGGAAACAGUUUUGGUGUUUCUCCUUCUCUGGAUGUACAAUUGAAUAAUGGUGUCAUGGUAACCAAAGUUGAUGACUGCCAAUUUGUCUGCAUUGCACAAGAUAAAUAUUAUAAUAUCUUACAUGAGGGUGAAGAAAACACAAGAAAACAUGAGGAACAAGGCCAGGUUGUCAUGGUUACUGAACACCGUGUAUUAGAUGGUUUAAACAGAAAGGGACAUAUUGUUAUCCGCGGGACUUCUGAACGUCUGAUGCAACAUUUAAUUGAGGAGGAAAAUUCUUCAGUCGACCCUACCUACGUUGAAGACUUCCUUUUAACAUAUCGUACAUUCCUCAGUAGUCCAACAUUUCUGGCCAAUAAGUUAUUGUCUUGGUUCAACAAUAAUGAACUUGGAAAAUCCAAUCUCAAGAUGAAGGUUGCCAGAGUGGUGUUAUUGUGGGUGAACAAUCAUUUCAAUGAUUUUGAAAUGGAUGCAGUUAUGUGUGAAUUUUUGGAGCAAUUUGAAAAUUUAUUGGUCCAAGAGAAAAUGAAUAGUCAACUGCAUCUUUUGGAGUUAGCAUGUUCCAGCAAAGCACACCCAAGAACAGUAACACUAACGCGAGCAACCAGAGAAGAGAUUUUAAAUUUUCUCAUUAUUGGUGGACUAGAAAGAGGUGCUGGAAUCUUUGUAACACAGGUUGAGAAAGGAUCAAAAGCCUAUGAUGCUGGUCUGAAAAGAGGGGACCAGAUUUUAGAAGUAAAUGGUGUCAACUUUAUUAAUGUACCUCACAGUAAAGCACUUGAAAUAUUAAAAGGGGCCACUCAUUUAUCUAUCACUGUAAAAUCAAAUCUUUUGGAAUUUAGAGAACUUCUAACUGAAAAGAAACGAUCCAGUGGCUCGAAAGAUGAGCCAAUUAAAUUGUAUACAGAUCACAAACAGAGGCUUUCAGCACCUGACUUAGAAGCAUCUUUGGCUCCAGCCAUUUCUUCUGUGAAAGAGAAGAAAAAUGACAAGAAAGAAAGAGGUUUUAUGACAAUGACUUAUAAGCCGAAGAUCCGGAAGGCUUUGAUGAAAAUGAAUUUCAUCCCAAAGCUAAACAGCAGUGAUAACAGUAUGAACCAUUCAGAUGAAAGCUUAUAUACAAAACCUUCUCGCAAGUCUUCCACGUCAUCUUCUACCUCAUCAUCAACUGCUGGAAUGUCUAGCCAUCUGUCUAUCAGCAACCCUGAUUUAUCAGUUUCUGGUUUAACAGAUGAUCCAAAGACAGACUUUCCGGACCAUGUCCUUAAAAUCUAUCGCUCGGAUCAAUCCUUCAAAUAUCUUACAGUUUACCGGGAAACUGAUUCAAGAACUGUUGUGAUGCUGGCAUUGCAAGAGUUUGGGAUUACUGACCCAAGUCGAAAUUAUUGCUUGUGUGAAGUAACAGUAACUCCUGAAGGGUUAACUAAACAGAAAAGGUUACCAGAACAAUUACAAAAUCUCCAUGAAAAACUUGGACUUAACAGCAGAUAUUACUUGAAAGACAACAUAAGUACAGGUACUUUGGUACCUGAAGAAAUGAUGGGCGAAUUAAUCAAAGAAUCUCAGAUUAGCCUGUUACAGCUAAAUACCAUGGAACUUGCUUCUCAAUUGACCCUGUCUGACUUUGAAGUGUUCCGUGAGAUUGAACCAACAGAAUACAUUGAUGAUAUCUUUAAAAUAAAUUCUAAAUUUGGCUGUCAUAACAUUAGAAGAUUUGAAGAACUUGCAAACCGGGAAAUGUUUUGGGUAGUAUCGGAAGUCUGCAGUGAAACCAAUCCCGUUAAACGAAUGAAAAUAUUAAAGCAUUUCAUCAAAAUAGCGAAACAUUGCAAAGAUUGUAAAAACUUCAAUUCUAUGUAUGCUAUCAUUGGGGGUCUUGGACAUGGUGCAGUAUCAAGACUUAGGAACACAUGGGAUAAACUACCCAAUAAAUAUCAGAAGAUGUUUCAGGAUCUACAAGAGUUAAUGAAUCCUUCACGUAAUAUGGCCAAGUACAGAACCUUGAUUAGUCCUGAAAAUACACAACCCCCAAUGUUGCCUUUCUUCCCCGUUAUCAAGAAAGAUCUGACAUUUAUUCACUUUGGCAAUGAUUCUAUGGUAGAUGGCUUAAUCAAUUUUGAGAAAUUGCGUAUGAUUGCUAAAGAAAUCCGCCAUAUAUGUGACAUGUGUUCUGCACGAUAUGAUGUAAGCAAUAUGUGUCUGAAUGCACACACUGUCUAUGGCAGUUCAACUAUCUCAGGUGUUGCAACACUUAAAAGAACUAAAAACCGAAGAGGAUCAGCAGUGCCGAAUGCUAAAAAGAUGUAUGAGGAGGCUCAGAUGAUCAAACGUGUUAAAUCGUACUUGAAUAAAAUGCCAGUGAUAACUGAUGAAGACAAAUUGCAGGAGUUGUCCCUUCAGUGUGAACCUCCUCCAACACGUCGGAGAGACACUUCUCCUGCGCUCAACGUUGCUAACUCCAGUGGCGUUACAAUAAAUGCUAAUGAUGAAAAACGUUCAUAUCCUGUUGGUCCAAAGUUUGGUGCUCAUCUCAUGCAUCGCUGUUCCCCUGGGUCUCUAAGUGCUUUGCAAUUUCUUCCUGGAAUCUACCCUUUUAUAAAGGAUUCAAAAAGUGAUAGCAGUUCCGAGUCUCCUGAGGCUGUGCGAAAACUCCUGGCUUUAUCUAAUAAAGUCCGCCCACACAACCCUAAACAACACCAUCCCCCCACUCCUAUUACUAGUCCUAUAACUCCACGACGACCUACCUCACCAAGGCAAACCAGGUCCGUUCCGGUGCUCCUUUCUCACGAGAGUUCUUCUGUCAACAGUAUGAGUAAUUUAACUCGCAAACCUAGUCGAACGGGUUCAAUAGGUUCAUCUGAUUCUGCAAGUCCAACUAGUAGUCUGAACAGCUACCAGCACCAGUACGAAACUGAUUCUGGACACAACAGCAUUGCUUCCUCCAACUUUGAUAGUCGCAGCACCAGCUCAAUUGGCUCGUCCAACUCUCCAACUCCAGCUAGACGUAUCAAUCAUGUUCCACAGAGCGCAGUUCUUCCAACAUUAACCUAUCAAGCUCCAUCACCACCAGUUAUUGUGGCAUCCGUCAUGCCACCAUCUCCCACCUCUUGCUUGUUUCCCUCUCAAGUACAGCAACCACAUCUUGGCACCAACAUCCCGCGUCCACCACUGCCACCAUACCAUGUUGCAGUGCAGAGUGCUUCAAUGAACUCUUCAGCUUAUAGUCACUGCAUCCAACAGACAUACACGAACAUGCGUCGGCCACCCUUGCCUGACUACCAUUCUGCUACCCAAAUGGCUCAUCUUGCACGCCAGAAACAAACUUGGCAAUUGGAACGAGCCCAUUCACAUGAAGGGGUGAUAGGAUACUACAAUGAGGAAGAAUUUGAGGCAACUGAGGACGGCAGCAGUAAUAAUGCUUGUCCUGCUGAAAACACCACAAAUUCUUCAGAUCAUUCCUCCCCCCUCAUUGAAGUUGAUGAAGAACAAGUUUCUGCUGUCUGAGAUGGACAUUUUCUUGGGUGCAGCGUCUCGAGGCAUUUCUCAACUCGACACUAUCAUAAUAAUUUUAAUCUGAAAUGAAUCCUCUGUAGAAUAAAAAAAAAAGUUUACUGGUGUGGAUAUGAAAACAGAUCUGACAGUUUUUCCAGAAAGUCUAACUUUAUAGUUCCUCAUCACAUGUUGACCAGUUGUGAUUGGCUAUUUACCUUACUGACUUCAAAAUACGGCUACUCAUAUGUCUUUGGUCAUUAGCUAUCUCACCUUUCCUGUCACUAUUUAUAAAUUUCACUAGAUUGCUGAUACCAAUUUUGCAGCAAAUGAACACAUUACAUUAUCAGCCAUCAAUUAUGCUUGAAGACUAAGGAGAAAUUCAAGUUUAUUUUGUAUAUUUUUAGAUAUAUCUUCUCUCUUUUUAACGAAUAUAAACUUCAUUGAACAGAAACUGAAAAGAAAAUCAGUUCAGAUCGGAAUUAUUUGUUUCAUUCAUCCAGACAACAUAGCCAAUAUAAAACACAUCUAUUUUCAAAUAGUUCUGGUUUCUUCAUCUUUCUCCCAUCAUUCAGUAACAUUUAUGGAAAAAAAAAAAAAAAUUCUUAGCCUGAACACUAUUUGGUAAAAAAAAGACAACAAAAAAACAAAAAACAAAAACGAAACAGAAUUCUCUUCAUUUGUGUAUUAAUAACUUAAUUUCAAGACCUUGUUUUGAAAUUUGUAGCAAAAAAAAUAUUUAAAGAAAAGAACUCUGUAUUGUUUGCACUGAUUAAAGAAUCGGUUUUUACAAGGAAGGAGUUAAGAAAAAAGAAGAAAGAAAAAAAAAAAAAAAAAAAGGGAAAUUCUCAGAAGUAUGGAUAUGUAGAACUAAUAUAUUAUUUAUCCCAUUAUGAAACUUAUGUUAAUUUUAGGUCUAUCUGCUGCAGUUUUGCCUCUACAUUACUCCUCUCUCAUCUGCUCAGUUGACCUAAGCAGGAAGUUUUGGAACAACAUUUGCUGCUAUUUAAAAAAACAGUUUAAUAAACAAAAAAAAAAAAAAAAAAAAAAUCUGCUUACAGAGAAAAAAUACUUCUGUCAAACUACUUAUGCUUAAACAUGUUACCUAACUUCAAUCCGGUGGUCAGGCAGCAGAUUUUUUUUGUGUGUUGUUUUAUUUUAUUUUGUCAUUUUCUUAACCAGCAAUCUGUAUGGUAUGUGGAAAAUUUGGCAGAAAACAGUACAGCUCUUGAAUUCUUAUAUUGACAUUGAACCUCUAUUCAAACAACAUAAAUAAAGGAGAGAGAGAGAGAGAGAGAGAGAAUGAUAAAUCGAUUAACCAAUACUCUGAUUGAAAUGUGCUGACUAUGGUUUUAAGUCUUCAGAUUGUGGAUUACUCAAAUACAAACAUAAAUUUUAAAAAAAAGCAAAAAAACAAAAAACAACAUAAGAUGACAAAAAAUAAACACAUACCAAGGAACCUUCUCCCUGCUGGAAAUCUCCAAGGAACCUUCUCCCUGCUGGAAAUCUCUAAUCAUUUAUAUAAAAUUUUGUGUGUGCGUGUGUGUGUGAUAAAAUUAAUUUAAUUUCAUUGAUUAUUCCAAUUCCACCCCUAUAUGUAAGGUUGGACCAUGUUGUACAUUGCAUGCAAAGAGGCAAUUAUCUAACUGGACCUAGGUCAUCUUGAAAAUAUGAAAGAGAAGUAGAGAGGGAGAAACUAAGAGAAAAUGAAAACUGCACAACACAUCUGAAAGUAAUUUUUAAGUCAAAAACCCAAAAGUGAUUUUUUUUUUUUUUAUGUAUUGUUUGUAUGCUAUUUUUUUUUUCUUUGAAUAAGCCAGAGUGGGCCGUUCCUAAUUCACGCAGGCAGGCAACGGUUUUCUAGUUUUUAUAUAACGGGCAAGUGCAUUAAUCUAUUUGGAACUAAGUUGGUGUACCAUUGUUAAAUAUUGUAGUUGCAGUCUGACUAUUGUGGGCAAUCAGCAGGUGCCAGUUCUGAAGAUGGUUCCAUGUUGUAAAUAUAUGUAUGGUUUUUUUGUUUGUUUUCCCUUUUUUUUUUUAAGCUUAAAAGAAACUUGAAAUGCUCUUCUUUUCCUUUUCUGUAAUCAUAACUCUUCUGUUUUUUUUUUUGCCUCCUCUUCCUUCUCUCUCUCAAUAUAGUUUAGAACUGACGAAAAUGAUCCUGGGCUGAAAAUUUAACAAUUGUAUAUAAUUUUAAAAUUUCCACAAAAGAUGAGAAAAUAACUAAAUUAAAGUAAAAAAAUCUUAUGCAUCCCAAUCAUUCCACAUGUCGUUGUUUAAGUGGUAGCGCCUCUGACCAUUGUUCUUCACAUAGCUUUAACAUGAGGUUUUCUUACUUAAACAGUUCGAUGCGGCUGAAACUCAAAUCAACUACAGAAAUUAUUUAAAGAGAACAAGCUUUAUUUCUUUCAUGUUUAUUUAAAUCAAAUUUUACUUUUGUAAUAUUUUGUUGGUGUAUUAAUAUCAUUUAUUGUCCACACAACAAAAGACUGCAACAUAUUUAGCAUUUAAGAUAUACUGAAAGCAGAAAGCUGAGAAAAGUGUCAGUUAACUUUCAAAUCACCUAAGAAAAUUUCUGUUUUUUGAAUUUGUUUUUAAUAAACAUUUGUGCUCUUUUAGUAUUUGUAAUUUUAGGAAUUGUUCCUAUUCAUCACUACGGAUGCUAUCAUCUUUUACAGACAACUUUCAGCUCUAAAUGAAUUCAAUGUUAAGUGCCUACACGUAAAGAUAUUUGAAAAAAAAUGAGAAACUGCUAAUUAACUUCAAAACUACCCUAGGCCAUGUUAAUUUUGGCCUGUAUUUUUAUAGUCAUAAACAUUUAUUGACAAAUUCGACACACUUCAAACUCAUUUCUUAUUCUGUAGAAACCUAAAGGGGGGAAAAUAUCAAUCAAAAUCAAAUUUCAUUUCUUUAAUUGUAAGUCAAAAACAAUGUUUUCUGCCUUUCAUUGAAAAGAUGAAACAGUUAUGAAAAACAGCAUCUUUGGGUAAUUUAUAGCAGUUUUCUUUAGAGUCCCUUUAGAGUCUGCUUUGUUUUUAUAUGUAUAUAUAUUAUUGAACCUUCAUUCUUCAUGGUAGAAAGUUACUGGUACCUUUGCUAGAAUCCUUGAUAAGUUUACUUAAUAGUCUACUUAAUAGAUUUUCUCUAUCAGUUACUGUGUGCAUCUCAGAACAGAAGGUAGCAUGAACUGCUUAAAAUUGAAACUAAUCAACAAGUAAUAUAAUUAGUAACGAAUGCAACUAUAUUGUCAUUUUUAUAAGCUUUUUAGCAUGCAGUAGCAAAAAUUUAUUUUAUUUAUGUGUGUGUGUGUGUGUGAGUGAAUGUGAAAGAAUAUUAACUGUUCUGUUAUUUUCACCUCUCCCUCUUUUUUCCCUCCCACUGUUGUGUAUGGUAUCAAUUGCUUUCACAACUGGGAAGAUAUUUCAUUUGUUCUUCCCUUUCUAUUCUCUUUAAUCUGGUUUUCCCCCAAAGCGUUUACUUUUAUUUUAGAACAGUUUCUCACAAGAAGCUUGAUAUCAGCUGUUUUCUUCAUAACUCGACAUCGUUCUUGACUUACAAUUAAUUCUUAACGAAAUAAUCACAUUGACAAGUAUGGGCAUAUUUUUAAACCGUUUUUGAAGCUUUCCUUUAAAAGCUUCAAUAAUAAUAUUUUUAAAGUAGGUUGAUAAAGGUCCUCUGAUCUGAAAGUUGAGAGUUUUUCUGACAAAAGUGAAUUUUUUCAUUUUUUCUUUUUUAAAAUACCUGUACAGAAUAGCUGGAGUAUUAAAUAGAUCACUUUUUUUGCUUUCUGGCUAAGUGAUUCACUUUCGAGAAUGCACCCAUGCAUAAAACAGUUCUUGCAAAAUACACUUGGAUUUGUAGAACCAUUUACUCCAUGCUAGCAUGGGAAAUUAAAGGGGAAAAAAAAAAGAAAAAAGAAAAAAAAAGCAUUGGCAAAGGAAAGUGGGG